UGGAUCCACUCAAAACACCCAACUCGGGCACCCACACACUCACUCAACUCACUCAACUCACUCAGUCUCAUCUCACUGCUCAUACCUCUACCCGUCUUUGUCCUCUAUAAAGUUCAAAGGAGAGAGAAAUAAUAGAUGGAGAAGUAGAGAGAGAAGAAAAUCCACAGCUAGAGAGAGCUCAGAACCCAAAAAAACCCAGCAGCAGAAACACAGCAACAGUUGCAGCAGUGAAGCAAUUGAUGGUUCUUCUGCUGCAAAAGAGCCUAGAAACUAGAAAGAAAGGCGGUGGUUUGGCCUUUGGACUAAAAGUUUGACUAGGAAUUAAACCAAGUCCUGUAGCUAGAGCUUGGAUUUUUAUUACAGGGAUAGAAAGAUAAUAUGUUUCAAGUAGUCGAGUUGGGAGACACAGAAAUUAGAACAAGACUCGUAUCCUCUUUCAUGGGAAUAAUAAGAUAGAAAGAAAGAGAACACUCUUAUCUCCCCACUCAUCACAAGAAGUUGUUGGUAGGUAAAAGGUUUUGUGUGUGGUUGAGAAAGAAAUUUUACUUGUUUGUUCAUAGAGUAGAAGAGCAAAUUAUCACUUUGCCCUCUCUCUCUCUCUCUCCUCUCUUUCCUCUAUCCCUCUCAAUUUUUUCAAAACCAGAAACACAAGAUUUGGAGGGUUGGUGGCAGUGAAGUUUAGCACACACCAACCCCAACUCUGCUAUCUCUAUAUCAUCAACAUCAGCCAUGGAUUCCUAUGAAGCUACAAGGAUUGUUUUUGCAAGGAUCCAAAACUUGGACCCAGAAAAUGCUUCCAGAAUCAUGGGUCUGCUUCUGAUACAAGAUCAUGGUGAGAAAGAAAUGAUAAGGUUGGCUUUUGGCCCUGAAGCUUUUCUCCACUCAGUGAUUCUCAAGGCAAGGAAAGAGUUGGGAGUGCCCAUAUCAAACUCUCCUUCUACACCUUCCACACCUUCUUCACCUUCCCCCUUUCUUUCCACUAACCCAAUCACUAUCUCGAGGCAAAACUCUACUUCCUCGUCUUCCAGACUCUCUCUCUCCAUUCCAAACCCAUCUUCUUCCUCUGCUUCAGCUUCUUGGGCUGCUCUCUCUGAGCUUAGAAACCAAGAAGAAAAUAAUUUGAUCAUGAGCCCCAGCAGCAACUUAGCUCUUAAUGGGUCCUCUUCAUCAUCUUCCAUGAUGAAUUCCUCCUUACCCUUCUAUGGAAAUGGAGGGACUGAUGUGAUUGAUGAGUUUCAGCUUCAAGAGCAGCUCUCUUUCCUCAACGAUGGCUGUCCAGCACUUGGGCCCAAAUCCCCUGAUUUUUUCUACCCCCAAACUGACUUGUCUUCAAGUCCUACCAAUGGUUCUGAUCCCGCCCUUUUCUCCUCUUACCACGGGUCUGCAAAUUGGGGUGGUGGUGGUGGUGGGCCCCUCCACCGGAGAAGCUGCUCUGUCAGUGAUGUGUGCUCGGAGGACCCAAACUCUGCUGGGUUUGGCUGGAAACCCUGCUUGUAUUUUGCAAGAGGCUACUGCAAGAAUGGAAACAGCUGUAGGUUCUUGCAUGGUGGAGGACUUGGGGACUCUGUUGUCGAUGGUGGUGGUCAAAUGGCUGUUGGGUCACCGAGCAAGCUCGAGAUGAUGGACCAGUCAUGCCAAGAAGCACUUCUCAGAUCUAAAGCUGCUCAACAGCAACAGCAAAGACUUGCUGCUGCUUCUCAGCUCAUGGCCUCAGCUAACUCCUUCCCUUACUCCUCUAAGUGCGUGAACUUCCUUCUUCAGCAGCAACAAACCGAUGCCCAAAGGGCUGCAGCUGCUGCUGCCUUGAUGAUGGGUGAUGAUAUGCACAAAUUCAGUCGAUCCCGGCUCGAAAGAACGGAUUUUUCGAUGAAUGGUGCUGGGGCAGGAAUGGUGAACCCAGCUUCAAGGCAAAUUUACUUGACUUUUCCAGCUGAUAGCACUUUCAGAGAGGAAGACGUCUCAAACUAUUUCAGCAUUUAUGGACCGGUUCAAGAUGUGAGAAUCCCAUACCAGCAGAAGAGGAUGUUUGGUUUUGUUACAUUUGUGUACCCGGAGACUGUGAAGCUCAUUUUGGCCAAAGGGAACCCUCAUUUCGUCUGUGAUGCUAGGGUGCUGGUUAAGCCUUACAAGGAGAAGGGCAAAGUCCAGGACAAGUACAGGCACACUCUCACUUCUUUUUUGAUGAAACAACAGCAACAAGUGGAAAGAGGAGAUUUGUCUCCCUGUGGUACACCUACUGGCCUGGAUUCUAGAGACCCUUAUGAUAUCCAGCUAGGAGCAAGGAUGUUUUACAAUCCUCAAGACAUGUUGUGGAGGAGGAAGCUGGAGGAGCAAGCACUUGAAAUUCAAAGCCGAAGGUUAAUGGGUCUGCAGCUUCUUGAUGUGAAAAAGCAUCACCACCGUUCUCUUUCUUCCAGCAGUCCCAUUCAGUCCCCUACUCAGUCUCCAAGCAUGUUUAAUCAAAACCUAAUGUUUCCUUCAAUUCCCAAUGGCCCAGAAGUUCCGCAAGAGAACUGCUCUACCCCGAUGCCACCCACUGCUUCAGAAGUGGAUGACGAUCAGUUGCUUAAGGAAGCAGCGCAUGUUGUGUUAGGUAAAGAAGUAAUGGCCAACAAUGAUGAAAAUGGCAGUGUCAGUGGCAAUGCCAAUGCCAAUGGAAAUGGUGAGGAGAGCCCCCGCGAUAAUGUCAAUAACUUGCUUGAAAGUGCAUGCAGCUUGGAGCACAACCUUCCUGAUAGUCCUUUCGCGUCUCCAACGAAAGGCGCCGGUGAGUACACGUCGGCCUUCCCCAGUGGGACUACCGAGGCCAAUGACUCCGAUGCCUCAGCUGCUAACAUGAACUUGGCCACUUCACUUCUCCCAGCAGCUUCAACACUCGACAUGGCGUCCUUCAAGUCUUUCAACUGCCAAAUUCCAAGGUUGUCCUCUGGCCAUGGAACCAUAGGAGGGAUGUAUGGGGGCACAGGAGCUGGACCGAAGUGCCCGGUUGGAACUUCCUAAUUAAGCUCUUAACUAGGAGGAUCAACAUGUCAAGUUAAUAAACCAAACAAAACCCACCAAAAAUCUGUAGAGAUCAUCAUCAUCAUCAUCAUCAUCAAAUCCCAUCCCCACCAGCAGCACCGCCAUCAUAUCAUCAAAUACCAUACUAGUUACUACCAUACAAAAAUGCAUACGUAAAAGGCAAAAAAGGAAGUGGGUCAGCCAUUUCCUUUUCUUUGUUCUUUGUACUCGGUUUCUGUAGUUGAAGUUGCAACCACAGGUUAAAAAGUUUUAAAGAAGAAGAGAGACAGAAAGAAUCAAAACACGGUCAAAAAAAAUAUGUUAGUUUGUAACUUUUGGCACUGUAAUCUUAAUUGUCAGCCUUCCCAAUUGUUCCCCUUUAAGUGAAACAAUUGCCAAAAUCUAGUUUAGUCUGUUAGUCUGUGUUUUAGUGUAAAACAAUCUUUGUACAGCAGAAGCGGAGGCAGAAAGAAGCUAGCUGAUAGAGAGGUAAAAAAAAGAAGAAAAGAAGGUAAAUUUGUAACUACAAGGCUGAUUCAGUCAGGACUCUUUAAAGGGUAGUUGAAAUUGAAGGAGCCUGUGAGGAGGAAGGCAAGCUGUGAAGCAAAAUCAGUCAGCUGAGCUCAAGUACGAUAUUGGGAAACUUUUUUUUUUUUUUUUUUACCAUU